CCUAAACAAAAUAUGAAAAUGGCUUCUAACAGUUGGACUGAUUUGGGUAUUCAGCAUUUAUCAGAGUCUGUGUUUGUGGGACUGUGUCACAUAGUGGGGACCUCUCAACAGGUGACCAUGAGGAGAGAACUACUUCAAAUGGACAACGCGAUGAGCAAUCAAGUUGAUAUGAUUUCAAUUUAUAAAAUAAAACUGAUGACAAGUGGCAGUUAUAUGGAAGGAUUCCGGCUAAAGGGGUCAGAUCUAGAUAUGAUGUAUUGGCCAACUGACCAUAAUAUAAUCUGGGACUUGGAUCAGACUAAGAAUUAUGAUUUAAAUAGAAAAACACUAAUUCUCUGUGAUUGUUCCGAAAGUCCUCCUGGAUUUGCUUUACUUGAAUUAUUGACACAGACUGAUUCGUGCAUAAUAGAGAAUGCAUGUAUACGAAUCAAUGACAGACUUUAUAUAUCAAGUUCUAAGUUCAGAAGUAUUGUAGAUUUUCCUGGAUUUAGGGAACAUGGUCCUUGUGGUAACGGUGUUAUAGAGGAAUUAGAAUGUGACAUAGCCCCAUGUUUUGUCUGUGAUAUUUGGCCCCCUCCAGCCUUCCAGUGGAGAAACAGACGUCACUCAUGGCCCCCACCUCCUAUCAUUGAUGAAAUAGUCAGAAAAGGAUGUCACUUUGUAGCAGUAGGACACAAACUAGGAAAUCACACUGACAAAGAAUGGAGAAUUUCCUUCUCCUUGGCUGAGCAGUGUUUAGUUUCCUAUAUGAAUCAUUGCCAAUUCUUAACGUACGGUCUGCUUAAAUUGUUUUUAAAAGAAUGCAUUAACAGUGGAUUAAGUGAAGAGGAUAAAUUACUGUGUUCUUAUCACAUGAAGACGGCUGUUUUUUGGGGAAUUCAACUGAAUAUAAUGCCUUGCUGGUGUCCACAAAACCUCUUGCAGUGUUUCUGGGUCUGUUUUAAACUUAUCCUGAAGUGGGUGUAUGAAGGCAUUUGUCCUAAUUUUUUUAUUCCUGAAAACAACAUGUUUCUGAGUAAUAUUCAUGGUCAAGCACAAAAAGAAUUAUUCAUUAGACUCCAUAGAUUAUAUGAGAAGGGUUUAGUAUCCCUUCUUCACAGUUCAUCCAUCAAAUCCCAUGUUAUAAGUGUCCUUCAAAAUCCUAGGCACCCUGUUUGUACAGAUGAACACACUUUAAUAUCUAGGGUGGUAUUUGAAGUACAACUAUUCAAUGAGAUAGGUCGCUAUAACCUACCCACAGGAGAACUGCAUCGUUGUAUGAUCUUCCUCAAUGAUGUAGGGAGGUUGAUUACUUUAUCCCUGACACAAUAUCAGAAACUUAUGUUACAGACAAAAGCAGCUUCUAUUCUCCAGAGCACAUCUUUUCAUUUACUCAACGGUUUAACAGAGUCUAUACCGUUCGAAGUGGAUACUAGCACAUGUAUGAAUAAAGUGAUAUAUUUAACUAAUAAAAGGUCCCUUUACAUGCUGAAAUUAGCUUCUAAGUUUGGGUUUAUUUCCGACAUGUUGUACAUUGCUAUGUAUUAUUACAAGACCUUCAGAUACUUUGAAGCUUUAACUGUAAUAAGAGCUACAAAAGUCAAGUUAGCACAGCCAUAUGUAGUAUAUGGGCUACAAGUCAAUGCUCAAAGAUAUAGCGAGGCUGUAGGGAAUCUACCCUUGUCUACAACGAUGAGAAAGGCCGUAGCAUGGGAUAUUGUUCUGAACAAUAACAUUUGUUACAUUAAGGAAUUAUUGCCAGAACAACACUCUGGGAUACAGUGUAGAUUCCCUGUAUUACGUAUCCCCCUCUAUGUUCUCUUACACAUGUUGGAGGUCUUGUGUUACAGACAUGUGGACCCAGUGAGAACACAAAGAGCUCUAGAUGAUUUAAAAGAUCUUGUACACCCUGACAAGGAGACAAACACACUUAGAAACGGAAAAGACAUAUCAUGGGAGAUCCUAGGGAUUUGUCAGCAGGUGACAGGGAAUUACCACGCUGCUCUACAUUCCUACCAACAAUCCCUGAAACAAAAAAUAUUCAACAAAAUACAAGCCGCAACAUUAAUGAGGAUACAACAAGUCAUGGACCUAAUCCAUAGAGUCUAA